UACGCAAUUGAGCAGCUGCGCUGAUAAAACAACUUUCAACUUGCUUUAGACGCUGCAACUUCAGUCGAAUCGGAGGCGAUAAAUUAUUUGGUUUCUUUUCUGUGAUGCUGAUUUAUCGAUACGAAAACACUAUUUAAUUAAAGCUGUCGUCAAGGGAAAAUUUGAAAGACUGACUGGAACUAGCUGAGUGAGUGAUUUUUAUUGCAUGCAGUUCUUAUUUUUCGCCUUAAAAAACUUUUUCUCAAAAUGCCACUCGAUAGACCGGAAGAUAUCUUCCAAAAAUUCCUUACUGACAUGUUGCAGUACUUUUCAGAAGAUGUAUUGAAACAUUUUUCUGAUAAUAUGCUGGAACAAUCAUUCAGCGAAAUUAGUCGGAAGUCUACGAACGCAUUUGUUGUUUUCAGCUGUUUCGCAUACUUUUCUACCGAUGGCAUACCAAUUGAUAUAAUUACAUCAGUCGUGAACAAAGAAGAUCUAGAAAGCGUGGUAGAAAUUGGUAAGAAUUUUUUAUUAUUGGAUGCAAACAAUGACAAAAAUUUCAUUAAUGUCAACAAAUUUGCCCAAAAGAAAAUAAGAGCAUCUCUAGAAAACUCGGGAAAAGGUAAAUUAAUUUUAAAAUCUGUUAUAGAAUUAUUAAUUAAUAUAGGAAAAAAUGCAGAGAAAUUUAGUUUGCUUGUUGAUCAUGCUAUAUGUGCAUGGUUGCAUACAUAUAAUUCUGAUGAACUUCUGAAAGCAUCAUGUGCAUUACCAAACUAUAUUGUAACUUCUUUGAUAAAGCAGCUUAAAUAUAAAAAAGCUAAUUCAUUUGGUUGGAAAGCAUUGAAAGCCUUAAAAGCAAUUUUAGGAGAUGAUCAUUCAGAAGUAUUAAAACUUCAAUUUCAACUGGGAAAUUUGUUAGAAAUGGUGGGUAAAUACAAACCAGCUUUGAGAUUGUUGAUGGGCCUCUUUGACAAAGAUAUCAAAGACACAGAAUUAAAAAUGAACAUAAAACUUGCUGUUAUUUCAGUUACUAAAAAAAUCCAAGAUAAUUCCCAAUAUGAUGAAAUCUUGCCAGUCUAUGAAAAACUAUUAAGCAAAGAAAAAAUUGGUGUAACAAAUGAUGAAGCCAUUUUAAAAGCUUGGCAUCAUUAUGCUCUCCUAUUAAUGAAUCUGGAUAGAUCUGAUGAUUUUCUAGAAAUCUGUAAUGAUAUUCUUAAACAAGAUAAAAUUCCUCUUAAAAAAGAAACAAAAUUCUAUUUCAUUAACAAUAUGGCUAAUGCUUUUCUGGAACGAACAAACUACCAGAAGGCUUUAACUUUGUUUAAAGAAUUACUCGAGCAAAAAAAAAUUAUUUUUAGAGAAAAUCAUGUUGAAAUUUUGGAAAUAAAAUGCAGUAUAGCAACAGUUCUUCAAAAAUUAGAUAAACAAAACGAGUAUGUUACAUUACUUGAAGAGAUAGUGAAACAAUAUGAUACAGUUGUUGGAAAAACUCAUCCAGAAACUAUAUCUGUUACAGAACGUUUAGCUUUAGAAUAUUAUAAUCAAAAUGAAUGCAAGAAAGCUGCUGAAUUGUUCAAGAUUGUGUGUGAAGGUCACAAAGAGAAGCUAAAGAAAAACACUAAUGAAAUUCUUACUAUAAAACAGAAUCUUUCUCCAAUUUUAAUAGGAGACAAUAUUCAUCCAGAUCAGAUUAAGAACUUCACUGCAGAAAUAAAUGAAAAUUCUGCUUUCCAACCUGUUAAUAUUACUGUCAUGAAAAAGAACAUGGAAAUUUUGAGUUUAACUCAUUCUAAUUCUAUAUUAUCGAUGGCAAAGGAAAGUGAUGUGGGUAAAGUAUAUGAAGUAGUACAAAAUGGCUGUGGCAUUAAUGACAGUGAUGACCUUGGUAAUACACCAUUACAUUAUGCAUCACAGUUUGGAAAUAUAACUGUGGUCAAACUUUUAUUAGACUUUGGUGCCAUAUAUAUUGCAAAAAACAAACAAGGUAAAAUUCCUUUACAAGUUGCUGACAAUAGCGAUAUCAAAGCUCUCUUAAAUAUAGUUGAAAAGUUAUUCAGGUAUGUAAAAUUGGGAAAUUUUGUUGAAGUUAAAAAAUGCAUUCAACAACAGAGAUGUAUUGUGAAUGCAAAAGAUAAUGAUGGGCAUCAUCCACUACAUUGGGCUGCUUCUAAUGGUCACAUAAGCAUUGUGAAGUUAUUACUAGAAACAGGGGCAGAUCCUACUUAUGUGACUAAUAAAGGCAAUACACCAUUGCAUAUAGCUGUAUCAAAAGGCUUUCUCGUAAUUACAGAAGUUCUGUUACAGUUUAUUGCAUGCGAUGAAUUGGACAAUUUCAUCAAUGCUCCAACUCUUGGUACUGGUGCCACUUCACUGCAUGUAGCAGCUAAAAAAGGAUUCAGAGAUAUUAUAAAAAUAUUGCUGAAGCAUGGCGCAAUUUAUAAUAUGAAAAAUAAUGAGGAUAAAACACCACUUGAAUUAUUUGAAGACAAGACUUCUGAUAACAUAUUGAAAUUAACUGAAGAACUAUUUGAAGAUGCUGUAGUAGGAAAUCCAUCAAUAGUUGAUAAACUUCGAAAAAUACCAUCAACUGACUUGACUUCCAUUGCCAAUGCAUGCAAUAUACAAAGAUGUACAUUAAUGGAAGUUAUGGUUAAUAAUAAUCAUAAAACAUUAGCUUUUGAUUGUUUACAAAUAUUAAAAAAUCUUCAAAAUCUUAAACCUUGGAAAAGUAGUCCAACAACUGUACCAGAAACAAAAAGUUCCAAAAAUGCUGAUCCUGAGCUCUUUCGUGUUGAAGGUGCUUUGCAACAAAUAAAAAGCUUCCAAAGCCUUGCUAAGGAACACUUGGCAUUUUCAGAUCCUUUCAUUCUCAACCUGCAAUUUUUUUGUAACUUAAGUUCACAUUUGUCAGAGAUAAAUCCUUGUCCUUCAAGGACCUUUGGAGAUGGUCUCUGCUACUUGCUAAAUGCACACAAAUUAGUGAAGGAGUAUAAAAUUUCAUACCCUAAUUGGACUGAGAAUGUUAACAUAAAGCAAAUAAACAAGAUACUUGAUUAUUUAGAAUUUGAACCAGAACCAGUUCCUGAAAAACCAGGCCAAUUUAGUGCGAAAGCAGAUACAAAAUUUCAUAAUUUACUUCAUAGUGAAUUAAAGAAAGACUUGCGGCUCUUCAUUGAUUUGGUAGAGAUUAAUAUUGAAAUUCCAGUAAUAAGAUUUUUGCAGUCUUUAACUUCACAAUUACGUUCAUUUUAUUCAGAGGCUUUAUUUAAAGCUAUUGAAACUAAUAACCGAUUGAUUGUGGAAAAAUACGUUAAGGAAGAUAGAGCUGUAUUAAAUAUAAAUGUUAACGGAAUAAGUCCACUACAUUGUGCCAUUAAUCAUGCUAGUUUCAAAAUUAUAAAAAUCUUGAUAGAAAAUGGGGCUGAUACUUUGCAAAAGGUUGAUGGUGGAGACACACUACUGCAUUUGACAGCUUCUAAAGGACAUAAAGGUUCUGUUGAACUUUUAUUGAAGCACACAUAUCCUGAUCAACUAAAUAAAUUUUUGGAUGCCAAAAAUAAAACUGAAGGUGAUACAGCAUUACAUAUGGCAGCUAAAAAUGGUUUCAUACUAAUUCUCAAAUCUUUAUUAAAAUAUGGAUCUUGUUAUUGCAUAAGAAACAAACAGGGUAAAAUGCCAAUUGAUUUAGCUACAAAACAUAGCAACAUCAGAGAUUUUUUAAAGCUAAUUUCUCAGCUUUUUAAAUAUGCAGAAAGUGACAAUUUUGAAUUUGGUAACAUACUACGAUCUGUACAUCCAGAAGAUCUUAUGGCAGUUACAAAUGCAAGAAAUGACUUGGGACUGUCAUUACUAGAAAUUAUAAAGUUGAAACACGUUCGACAAAUUCCAGACAAUAUGUUGGGAAUGAUGUUAGGAUUUGGAAAAUCUGCCUUGUAUAACCCUAUAUCUUAUGACCAGACAUCAUAUGAAAGAAUUUGUAAAAUAGCCCAUACAUUUUCAAGAUAUUCCGAGUUGUACCUCUCCAAACUCCGCUAUAAGGCACAAAUCUACCCAGAUGAUGCUGGAAAGAACCCAUCUCCUUGGAGUACCUUGAAAGAGGGAUCGUUAUAUCUUAAUAAUGUUAGUAGGUUUAUAGAAGAAUGCAAAACCUGUGUUGGCUCUGUGAAUAACUCCAAUUUCUUGAAAAUGAAAGAAACUCUUGAAGAACUGCAGUUUGAUCCCACUCACAUUAUAAGUGAAGCUCGUGAUUGCAUAGUCAGAAGUUUUAUUUCACAAGGUCAAGGAUCUAAAUACUACAAGUUGCUGCACAGUAAACUGAAAAAAGACAUUCUACAGUUUAUAUAUGUUGUUGAAAAAGGUAUUGAAACUCCAGCUAUUCAUUUCUUGGCUGAUUUAAAAUGUCUUAUAGUAACAGCUCAACCAGGAAUUUUCUAAUGAUGUAUGUAGACUGAAAGCAAUUUGUAUACUUGAAGUAUAUAAUGUUGAAAGCUAAGGUUACAACAUUAGCACAUGUAAGAUUAAGGUUUUUGUGGAUAUUCAAAAUAUUCUUAUAUUAGUAUCUGAAGAAAUUUGUAAAAUAUAAUCUUUUUUCUUAGAUUUGCUGUUUAACUAAAAUAAUAUGAUAAAUUUUUAAAAAUAUUACAAGAUAAAGUGUUUCAACAUAGUAAUUUUUUUUUUUUUUUUUUCAAAUAUGAUGCAUUAAAAGAAAAUCAGUUCUACAUUAUAAGUACAAUGUUUGUCAUGGGUACAUUUAGAUAUAACUUCUUUUUUUUUUUUUUUGUUGUUGUUUUAAAAUUGCAUUCAUUUGAUUUUACAUGAUCUAUAUUUUUAAAUUUUGAUCAGAAAAAUUAUUACAGUAAUUUAUUAUUAAAGUAGAAACAUGCUUUUUUCUUUGAUUUAAAAAAAAAAUUCUUCUGUCUAAAUUUUUCUUUUUAUUGAUAUUUAAUUCUUUAUGGUAUAAUAUAAAAU